AUGAAAUUGUUUUUAAUAUGGAUAUGGAUGGCAACAGCAAUUUGUGUUACGGCAGAUACAGUGGAUGAAGAAAAUCCUUAUACCAAAGCUUUAAAAAGCAAUAAACAGUGGCACAAUGUCCACGGUUACGUGCAAGUUCGUCCAGGAGCACACAUGUUUUAUUGGUUCUUCUUUGCAAACGGCACGAGGGUUAAUGCGCAUCAUAAACCUCUCAUUAUUUGGAUACAAGGUGGACCAGGAUUUGCUGCGAGUGGUGUAGGAAAUUUCGCUGAAAUGGGUCCUUUCCACAUGGAUUUGAAGCCACGUAACCAUACUUGGGUAAAAGAAAGGAAUGUGCUGUUUAUAGAUCAUCCGGUUGGUACUGGAUUUAGCUACGUCGCAAACAGUUCACUGUACGCGAGAACGGAUAGAGAUAUGGCUAUGGAUUUGGCAAAAGCUAUCAAAAUGUUCUUCAGGAGACACAAAGAAUUCCGUCACACGCCAACAUAUUUGUUUAGUCAAAGUUAUGGCGGCAAAAUAUGUCCUAGACUAGCGUAUUACUUACAUACGGCAAUCGAGAAAAAGAGUUUGAAAAUAAACUUUAAAGGAAUCGGUAUUGGCGGUGGUUGGGUAGACCCUAAGGAAAGUAUAUUGGUGCAGCCAGAAUUUUUGCAUAUGUCGGGUGGAAUAGAUAGAAAUUUAUAUUUAUCCUCUUCAAAAGUAGCCAAGCAGCUGGUUCGUGCUUUAGAAACAGAGGAUUAUGCCCAAGCGGACAUUUUGGAUGACGUUUUGUUUAGUACUUUGAAUAAGCAGGGAGAAAUUAACUUUAACAAUGUGUAUGCUCCCAGCCCAUAUCCUGAAUUGGAAGAGUUACAAAAAAAGAUGAACCGAUACGUGAAACCUAGUUUAUCUAUGGUGAACCAAACAAUAAAAUGGCAAUAUUUAUCAAUGGGAGCUUAUGAUAGUUUGAAGAAAAGCUUUCUUGUGCCAUCAGUUUCUUUCUUAGAAGCCUUGUUGGAUAAGACAAAAUUGAAGAUAGCGAUCUAUAAUGGAAACCUGGAUGUCGUUACUCCGUUGGGAGGUGCUUCUAACUGGGUUCACAAAUUGAAAUGGCACGGGGCUACAGACUUUGCUAAGGCCAAAAGAAAGCGAAUACGUGGAGCAAGAAAUGGGUAUUACAAAGAAAUGAAGAGGUUGAGCUUUUGGUGGGUCUUUGGAGCCGGUCAUUGGGUGCCUGAAGAAAAUCCUGAGGCUAUGGAGCAAAUAUUAGAUUACGUGAUGGACGAGUCGGUGCAAUCAAUAAAUUGA